UUCCUACAUGAUAUUCAUCCUCGAUAAUCAUUAUUACGUUUCCGCUGAAAUAUUGGUCUGAAGCAAAACAUUUGCUUAGUAGAUAUUAAUUCCGUCAAGAUGGCGCACUGCUAUGUGACGAACAUAAUUUGGUGUAUUUUCAUAAUAAUUGCAAUCCAAGUACCACAUUCACUGAGCACCAGGAUCCCACGACAAUCAUGUAUUUGUAACAAGAUUUACCAACCAAUAUGUGGCUCAGAUAAUCAAACUUAUGGUAACGAAUGCCUUCUGAAGUGUGUUAAUGAUGAAAAUAAAGAAGGAAACCCCAUCAUCGGUGCUUACCCUGGAGAAUGUAAAGAAGAAGAUUCGUGCAUUUGUUCAGAAGACUCCAAACCAGUGUGUGGAUCUGACAAGAAUACAUACAGCAACGAAUGUUUUCUUAAAUGUGCUAGUGAUAAAAAUAAAAAUGAAGAGGCUCCAAUAACUAUGGAGUAUGAAGGAGAAUGUAAGAAAGAAGAGGAUCCAUGCGUUUGUACAAAAAUUUAUUUACCAGUUUGUGGUUCGGAUAAUACCACCUACAGUAAUGAGUGUCUGCUGAAAUGUGCAAGCAAUGAAAACGUUAAGAAUAGUAAAUCUGAUAUAACCUUAGCCUAUGAAGGACAGUGUAAGGAAAAAGAAGAGGAUUCAUGCGUAUGUCCUUUCAUUUAUCAAAGAGUGUGUGGCUCUGAUAAGACGACGUAUAACAAUAAAUGUCUACUUAAAUGUGUUAGUAAUAAAAAUAUAAAAAAUGGAAAACCUCCCAUUACAAUAGAUUACGAUGGGCCGUGUAAAGAAGAAAUUAAAGAUAACGAUCAAGAUUCCUGUAUUUGCUCGUUCAUCAACCAACCUGUGUGCGGUUCGGACAAGGUCACAUACAACAAUGAAUGCCUUCUAAAAUGUGCAAAUGAUGUGAAUAUUAAAAAUGAACAACCUCCCAUUACUACAGCUUAUGAAGGGCAGUGUAAAGAAAAAGAAGAUAACCAAGAUUCCUGCAUCUGUCCAUUCAUUUACCAACCGCUCUGUGGUUCAGAUAUGGUAACAUACAGUAACGAGUGUCUGUUAAAAUGUGCGAGUAAUAUAAAUAUUAAAAAUGGAAAAUCUCCUAUUUCUAUGUCACAUGAAGGAAAAUGUAACUCGAUUGAUGCUGAUCCAGCUAAACAGAAAAAUGAAUCGUGUGUGUGUCCAAUGAUUUACGAACCGGUGUGUGGCACAAACCAGAAAACAUAUACAAAUGAGUGUUUCCUGCGAUGUGAUAGCUAUAACAAUACCAAAUUCGACAAGCUUCCAAUCUUUGUAGAUUAUGAAGGAAAAUGUAAAGAACAAAGACCAUGUGCUUGCGCGAAAGUAUAUCAACCAGUUUGUGGCAUUGAUGGCGUGACCUAUGGAAACGAAUGUGAAUUAAACUGCAAGAAUUUCGAAUUGGAACAAUAUGGUCGAAGACCUGUAACAAUUGUAAAUAAAGGGAGAUGUCCAGAAAGUUGUAUUUGCGUUAACAUUUACGAGCCAAUAUGUGGCACUGACGGUAACACAUACCCUAAUAAGUGUGAGCUAUCAUGCAAAAAUAAAAAAAUGGAAAACAAAGAUUCGUAUAUCAAAAUUGCAUAUCCUGGAAUAUGCAAUAAGGCGUGUAACUGUACAUCUGAAAAAGGAGAAGUGUGUGGGAGUGAUGGACAAACAUACGGAAACGUUUGCGAAUUAAAGUGCGAAAGUGAAAAGUUGGAAGAAGUUGGCCUUUCUCCUAUCACAAUGUACAAAAAAGGAGCUUGCCAGUAUGCAUGUGAUUGUCCCUACGUAGUACAACCCAUAUGUGGCAGCAAUCAGAAAUCAUAUAAAAACCACUGCAUCCUAGACUGUGUAAAUAAAAAUGUUAUACGUCCCUAUGAACGCGUACAAACGUAUCCCGGACAUGAAUAUAAUAAUAAUGAAAUUACAAAUUAUAAUGAAUAUAACGUACCAAAUAACUAUGGAAAUUAUGAUUAUAACAAUGGAUAUGAUUACAACACGUUCAGUCCAAAUAAUUUCAAUCCUUAUGACAAUUAUGCAUACGGAGGCUAUCCACAAAAUAGAUACAAACGAAAUUUGAACGAUGAAAGUAAUAAAUAUUCAGAAAAUAAUGCCAUCAGCAAUUAUAGAAGUGAAGAGCGUAGAAAAUACGAACAAGGGGGAAAUUACGUAGACAAUAAUUACAAUCAGCAGGGUAACUAUAAAUCAGGAGAGAAUCUACCAAUUACAGUCCAAUAUGUCGGGUUCUGCCGGGACUGCUACUGUUUCGAGGUUUAUAAUCCAGUUUGUGGAAGCGACAGUAGGACUUACGAAAACGAAUGCGAACUAAAUUGUAAGAACAAUAAGUUAAAAACGUUAGGUGAGAAGCUAAUAUACGUGGUGUAUCCAGGCAAGUGUGGUUUCUGCUACUGCCCUGAUGUUUACAUCCCCGUGUGUGGGAGUGAUGGCAAAACGUACACAAACACUUGCGUAUUAGAAUGCGAGAAUAAAACUCCAGGAAAUAAUAAAAGAGUUGCCAUAAAGUAUUUAGGAGCAUGCCAUGAUGAACAUUGAAAUUUUUUAGGUGAUAUAAUAAGAAUGUAGAUACUUUAGUCUGUUAUCAUAAGUAUUUCAAAAUGUGCUUACCUUUUAUUUAUUUUGUAAAAAGCUUGGUAAGUACAUUGUUUAUACCAAUUGUAGCUUAGAAAAUUAGGACUGUUGGAAAUCUGAGUCAUGAUUUUACUGCAGCGAGUUCUAAGUAACUAUUUGCCAAAUUUUGAUUAAUUAGAUUUAAAUUAUUUUUUUUUAAUCUGAUUUAAUGUUUACGUUAGUUAAGUUGCUCAAAUAAAUAUUAAAACAUU